AUGGCUGCCGAGACUCCUAGCUUCGUCUUCUAUCGGUAUCAGCCGUCUAUGGCUGCUGCUGUUAUAUUCAUUAUCAUCUUCGCCAUAUCAUCUAUUCUCCAUGUUAAAGUACUAUUCCAGAAGAGAAUAUGGUAUUUUAUUCCGUUCGUCGUUGGAUGUCUCUUUGAAACCGUCGGCUAUGUUGGAAGAGCCAUGUCGUCACGGGAAUAUCCUAACUUUACUAAGAACCCAUAUAUUAUUCAAUCGAUACUCCUUCUUCUUGGACCCACCCUCUUCGCAGCCUCCAUCUACAUGAUUCUAGGACGUUUAGUCGUUCUUCUCGAAGCCGAUAGAUAUUCGCUCAUCAAGCCACGGUGGUUGACGAAGGUUUUCGUUCUGGGUGAUCUCUUAUCCUUCUUUGCUCAAGGCGGAGGCGGCGGCAUACUAACGCAAGCGAAAUCUGUGGAUGACGUUCGGAGGGGCGAAAACAUCAUCAUCGGCGGCCUGUGCAUACAAAUCCUCUUUUUCGGCUUUUUCAUAGUCGUUACGCUCGUAUUCCACAGGCGUAUUGCGAAGAACCCUACUCGAAAUGCUCUAGCACUGCCUACUCCAUGGAGGAUGCUUAUUAUGGCUCUAUACCUAUCCAGCGCCCUGAUCAUGGCUCGAUCUGUAUAUCGUGUAGCAGAGUACGUCUUAGGGUCCGACGGAGAGUUACAAUCUAAAGAGGCCUAUCUGUACUGCUUAGAUGCGCUCCCCAUGCUUAUCGUCUCGCUUGCCUACAACUGGUUCCAUCCUAGCAGGGUAAUUAAUCGAGAUAGACACCAGCGCCUGUCUGUCACAAGCUUGGAGGUUUUGGGUUGA